CCCAAGUGGGAGGGAGAGGGAGAGCUUUGCGAUGGCGGCACAGGCCACAGAGAAGCUAGCGAGGCCAACGGCGAGGCUGGUGAGGGAGGCUCUCUACCGUAGGCUGUUCAAGGGAGGGACCUCUGAGAGGAGCGUUGGUGGGGAGAUCAACAAGUGGCUGAAAGAUUCCAGGCGUUUCAAGAAAUGGGACGUCGGCAAAUCCGUGAAGGAUCUCAGGAAACGCAAACUAUUCAACCCUGCCCUCAAGCUUCUGGAAACAGCCACCAGGAGGGGUAUGAAUUUGACUGUGAGUGAUCAAGCAAUUCAUCUAGAUCUUAUAUCCAAAACCAAGGGGAUUGUUGCUGCUGAGAAAUAUUUUAUGGAUCUGCCUGAACCAUCAAAAAACCAUCUUUCAUAUGGAGCUCUUCUUAACUGUUAUUGCAAGGAGAAAAUGACUGAAAAUGCCGAAGCUCUCUUGGAGAAGAUGAAGGAGCUUAAUUUUGCUUCUAGCCCCAUGGAGUAUAAUAGCCUGAUGACCCUCUACUCAGAGACUGGGAAGCCUGAAAAGAUUCCGGCAGUAAUUCAAGAUAUGAAAGCCAAUGAGGUUAUGCCAGAUGUAUUCUCAUACAACGUGUGGAUGAGGAGUCUUGCUGCUGUUGGUGACAUUCCUGGAGUAGAGAGAGUAUUGGAUGAGAUGAAGAGAGAUGGCAGAGUAGGUGCUGAUUGGACUACUUACAGCAAUCUUGCUUCCAUAUAUGUAGAUGCAGGUAUGAAUGAUAAAGCAGAGAAGGCACUGAAAGAACUCGAGAAUAGAAUGGAUCUUCACUGUCUUCCUGCAUUCCAGUAUCUGAUCACACUCUAUGGUAGAACGGGUAAUUUAGUGGAAGUAUACCGUGUCUGGCGAUCUCUAAAGUUGGCAUUCCCGAAAACAGUCAAUCUGAGCUAUCUCAACAUGAUACAGGUAUUGGUUAAGCUUGGUGAUAUAUCAGGUGCAGAGAACUGCUUCAAGGAGUGGGAAGCUGGUUGUUCAACGUAUGAUAUUAGAUUGCCUAAUGUCUUGAUUGGUGCAUAUGCAAAAGCCAAUAGACUACGGAAGGCAGAGGCAAUGCGCGAGAGAGCAAGAAAGCGAGGUGCGGCACCUAACACAAAAACAUGGGAGAUUUUUGCUGAUUACUAUUUAAGAACUAAACAAAUCGAUGAGGUAGUCAAGUGCAUUGAAAAUGCAAUUUCUGCAUCAAGGAAGAGUGUAAAAGUUAAAUGGUUGCCAACCAAAGAAACAGUGGAGGCAGUUAUGACAUAUUUCGAAGAGCAGAAGGAUGUAGAUGGGGCUGAAAACUUCUUUGAGAUUCUGAAGAAGGUUGAAUGUGUUGACAGUGCAGUUUACGAGUCGUUGAUUCGAACUUACUUUGUUGCUGGGAAAAAUAGUCCAGCAAUGCGUCGAAGAUUGAAGAUGGAGAACAUAGAGGUGGCUCCUGAAGCUGAGAAAUUGCUUGACACAGUUUGUAGUCAAUGACCUUUCGUGACAUUAGUCCUGUGUAACUUUGCAAUAAAACCAAUUGGCAGUUCCUCCGACUUAUCUGGGCUUUUUAAUCUGUUCCUCGAUUACACGACGAUUUUGGAGGAUCUUUAGUAAAGGGCAUGGGAUGAUUUUUUUUUUU